UUUGACGCUAAAACAAUAACAUUUUUUAAAGUGUCUUCCGGUAAUUGUAGCGUCACUCAAAAUUAAAGUUCAAGUAGUUAUAAUAUGAAAUAUAUAUUAAAAAACUAACUUCGGUGUGAUCUAUCGUAUAAUGGGAAAUGUGAACGCAAGGGAUCCUGACUAUUGGAAUGUCCCGGAUGACCCAGGCAUAAGACAUACCGACUGGAUGAAAAAGUUACCAGAUUCAAUGUAUGUAUCUAAAGUGUCAAUACCUGGCACACACGAUACAAUGGCAAGAGCAGGAGAUAUUAUAUGGUCUUGGUGUCAGAGUUUAUCACUAAGCAUCCAGCUAGAUAUCGGCAUACGUUUUUUCGAUAUACGUUGCCGCCAUUUCAAAAAUGGUUUGCCGAUCCACCAUGGACAGUUUUAUGAGCACUGUAGCUUUACCGAUGUUAUGAACACAAUGACAUCUUUUGUUAAAUCUCAUCCAAGUGAGGUUUUACUGGUGAGAGUAAAGGAGGAAUAUAAAGCGGCUGAAUGCACGAGAACCUUUUGUGAAACAGUUUGGUUAACUCUCCAGAAUUACAGAGAAAAUAUUUGGCUACAGGAAAAUAUUCCAUUUAUUAAAGAGGUCAGAGGUAAAAUCAUUAUUUUACGGGAUUUCGAGAGAGAGAAUAACCCUAUAGGCAUUCCAUAUGCUACGCUAGACAUAGAAGAUUAUUGGAAGGCGUCUAGUUAUAAGGAAAAAUGGAAAAGGGUCAAAGCCCAUUUAGAUAACACAAGAUCCACCACAGACAACAUAAUACACCUUACUUUCAACAGCUGCACUAAGGGUAUUGAUGCUCCGCGUGAAAUUGCUAGAUCGCUUAAUCCAAAGCUUUAUAAAUAUGUCAGAGCAAAUCAAGGUCAAGGUCGAUUUGGAAUCAUAGCAAUAGACUAUCCUGGCCCUAAACUCGUUGAGUACAUUAUUGAAAAUAAUUCCAAAACAAAUGUAAAUGUUUAUCAGAAAAGUAACUCAGUUUUCAGUUGUGUUUUAUUAUGAACAAUACAACUGUUAUUG